UAAAAUCAGAAAACAAAAGAAAAACAAAAAGCUCUCUUUCUGAAAUGGAACCUCUCUGCCCUAACCGUUCCGACUCUCUCUCGAUCUCUUUUCUCUCUGUUCUUCUCCCUCUAUUUCUUUCACAUGGUCGACGGGUGAAUGGAAGUGUGCAGGGGCUUCUCUCGGAAACUAGCUUUGGAGAGGGACAGUGCGACGACAUCAUUCUUCAACGGUGUGUAACAAGGUGGUGGAGGCCCACGGCUUGGGUCGUGUGACAGGGAGGCUUGACUCGUGGGUCUACGGCGUGGCUCGCUCAUGGGUGCGACGGUGGUUUAUUCGACGGGUUUGACUUUAGUGAGAGUUUUCUGAAGGAGAUGUUUUUGUCGGUGGGGCUGAGAUUCAUGGGUUGAAAUGACAGAAAAUUGGGUCUUGGCUACCAAAGCUGGAGCAUCAAGUGCUUCCUUUGCAGCUUAAAGAUGUGGAACGUGGUAUUAGUCAUCAAGGUGGUCUUGUACCAGGAUGAUGACUCAAUGUGGAGACCUGGUGGCCAGGCAGAUAAAUCAGAUAACUCUCGAAAGAAACAUAAGCCAAAGUAUUCAGCUAAGCAUGCUUACAAAGCUCAACAAAAGAAAACUAAAGUUGUAAACUUGAAAAACUUGGUUAUGCAUCUUGUGAUCACUGCAAAACUGUUCCGUGCAAUUAGCUUUUCUUUUCCUGUGAGUUUUCUUUUCCUUUUAUUUUUUUAGAUUUCAGUUUAAUAUCAAGAAAACAUUUUGAAUAUAUCAAUACAUAUAUUUGUUUGUGUUGGAAUUGUUUCUAAUGGAGAGGAUAUAGUGAGAAAAAUUAGUGAGGUUGUAAGCAUUAGAAUACAAGAAAGAGCAAAGAGCUUUUAUGUGUUAAGAGAGAAACUUUUGAGAGCACAAAUGUUGUGAAAGUGUUGGUUCUUGCUGCGUGUUGAAGAACCUGUUUGAAAAUUUCUUGUUCUUAAUUCGUUUUUGUUCAUAACAGUUUGUUUAAUUGUUUAAGUGUUAGUUUGAGAUAAGUUUUAUUAUUUGUUCUAAGGUGUCAUUACAGGUGCUGCAUUGUCCUUUUCAAUGUUUGUUGUUGGUCUGCUGCUUUCAUCUAAUCCUGAUGCCACGGGAGACCUGGUGCAGGUUCCAAGCAUGUUGUUUCAAGGUUCUUUGCUUCUUGGGCUCAUCAGUAGAGCCACUCUUGGUUAUGCAAUGAGUGGUUUGCUUGAUUGGAGAGUAAUAGAUGGCACGUGAGGUGGAAAGCCCCUCUGUUUUGACUCGAUCCUCAUUUCAGAUGCCCAUUCCUCUCUUCUCGACACCGUUCGUAUUCUUAUGAGCUUCUUCUGCAAUUUCUGCAUAAGUCUCAAUCUACCACUGUACUUGGUAUUAUCAAUGAGCAUAUCAACUUUCAAGUUUCUCCUGGACAGCCUAACUCAAUUUCUGAUGAUGCGGAGGCUGUUACAUUGACUGGCAGCAGCCAGGAUGCAGUCAGUCAGAUUAAUCAGAAGGAAAUACAUUGGGGGUUCAGUAGAGGUUGAGCAGUUUAUACUUGAUGACUUGAGAAACUGUGUACAGCUGAGCAGUGUUGCUCUGCCAUCCGUUAGUUUUUAUACAUUUAUCAAUGCACAUAAUGGUUUAAACUGUUCAACUAUACCCCCUGACGGGUCAUUGGUUGCUGCUGGAUUUUCAGAUUCAUCGCUGAAGAUUUGGGAUAUGGCAAAGCUUGGGCAACAGGCUGUUGGUUCUGUUUUGCAGGGUGACGAUGAUGCAAAUCCAAAUGAGUUUGGUUCAAAUGGAGGAAAAAGACCCUAUACCUUAUUUCAGGGGCACUCAGGACCAGUUUAUUCAGCUUCUUUUAGUCCUAUGGGAGAUUUUAUACUUUCCUCUUCAGCCGAUUCAACAAUUCGGUUAUGGAGCACUGAACUAAAUGCAAAUCUUGUUUGCUACAAGGGUCAUAAUUACCCAGUAUGGGAUGUACAGUAUAGUCCUGUAGGACACUAUUUCGCUAGUGCAUCACACGACCGGACAGCAAGGAUAUGGUCUAUGGAAAGAAUACAACCUUUGCGAAUAAUGGCAGGGCAUUUAUCUGAUGUUGAUAUAACAAGGGAUACUAGUGGAGUUCCUAAGGUUCUUACAAGAGAGUUUGAACAAGUUCCCUCGAAGGACUAGUACGCCAUCUGGGGUUCAUAGUCAAGCACAACAAUCUGAAGAACAACUACAACAACAGCAACAAUAGUAUUAGCAGCAGCAACAACAUCAUCCAAACUAUAGUUUGAAGUAAAAAAUGUUCAAGAUUAUAAAACUUUAUUAUGUUAUGCUUUCAAACUUAAGUUAGAACUAAUAUCUUAUGAAGUAAACACAUUCAUGGUUUGAAUUAGUUAUUUUUUAAUGUAAUACUUAUGGUUUAUCA